AUGUCUUCUCAACCGACAAAAGAUUCGAUUUCCGAAUCAAAUACACCAAAACAAGUACCAAUACCAAUAAAGACAACGAAAAUACAAAAUUUAAUUAAAUCAGACAUCAAUUUUAUUGAACCUCAUCCGAAUGUAAUAAAACGUAAUCCUACGCAAGCGAAAAGAAAAAAAAUUCCAUUUGUUUGGACCGUUUCAUUAAAAUCCUCAAAUUCAAUUUAUGAUUAUGAUGUCGUAGAAGGAAGGGGUAACGAUUCAUUAGAAUCGGGAGGGGACGAGGAAGGGAGCGACGUUGCCAUUAAUGGAAAUUAA